GAUUUUCAUCCACUUUCUACAAGUCUAGUUCCUGACCACGAACUCGCUUAUAAAUGCAUGGUGCCUUCGACACCAGACCAAAUCUUCCUUUUUUUCCCGUAGACCGUCAAAAUGAAGCAGGAGUUGUGUCACUUUAGUGGGUAUAAAAUCCACCCUGGCCAUGGCAUUCGAUUCGCAAGAGUCGAUGGCAAGGUCUUCAACUUUGUCAACAACAAGAGCCUGGCCUCCUUCAUGAUGAAGCGCAACCCGCGGAGGAUCAACUGGACCGUCCUGUACCGCCGCAAGCACCGCAAGGGCACCCAGGAGGAGAUGACCAAGAAGAGGACGCGACGCACCACCAAGUUCCACCGCGCCAUCGUGGGCGUGACCCUGGAGCAGAUCAACGCCAAGAGGAACCAGAAGCCCGAGGUCCGCAAGGCACAGCGAGAGCAGGCUAUCAAAGCUGCAAAGGAGAAGGCAAAGGCAUCCAAGGCUGCCUCCAAGAAAGCCGCCCCAGCCAAGGCUCAGGCCAAGCCCGUGAAGCAGAAGGCCGCCCCUAACCCCAAGACCAAGGCUCCCCGAGUCACGGGCAAGAGAUAAAGCCAUUCUACCCGUUCACAAUCACAUUUAGAAAUAAACAAGAACCUAAAUUAUAUCUCCAGAUGUUCACAUUUCCUCGGUUAUCUCUCCAGAUGUUCAGUUCAUACUCUUUGAGAGUGUACAGAUCUCAAUAAAUCAUGAUCAGUUUUUAGCCUGAAACG